CUGCCUAUAUGAACCGUGGACGGGGGGGACCUGGAAACCAUCUCUUUUUUUUCCUGCCGGCCCGCCUGAUACUAUCAGUCCGAGCCUGUUCUUUUCAAGAAAAAGAGGCAUCCGGUGAAAUACACAAUGUCUGCUCCCACAACCACCCGCGCCGUGGUCGUCAAGGGCCUGGGCCAGGCCGCCAUCGAGGAGGUGCCGACGCCGAGGCUGAGGGACGGAUACAUCUUGAUCAAGCCGACGGCCGUUGCGCUUAACCCAACCGACUGGAAGCACGUCGAGGGCCCCUUCGGCGCUGGGCGGGUGGGGUGCGACUACGCCGGCGUGGUGGUCGAGGUCGGCAAGGGCGUCACCAAGGACUUUAAGCCUGGCGACCGCAUCGCCGGCUUGUGCCAUGGAUCAAACAAGAGCGCGCCCGAGGGCGGCGCCUUUGGAGAGUACAUCGUCGCCAAGGGCGACAUCCAGCUCAAGAUCCCCGACAGCCUGAGCGACGAGGAAGCUAGCACGCUCGGCGUCGGCGUCGUGACUUGUGGCCAAGGACUCUACCAGGCCCUAAAGCUACCGCUCCCGAGCGACGAGGCCGGCGUCAAGGCGGCGGCGGGCACGCCCAUCCUCAUCUACGGCGGCAGCACGGCGACGGGCAUCCUAGGCAUCCAGUACGCCAAGCUGUCGGGCUUCAGGGUGCUGACGACGGCGUCGCCGCGCAACUUUGACUACCUCCGCUCGCUCGGCGCCGACGAGGUGUUCGACUACGGCGACGCGGCGGGCUGGCCCGGGGCGGUGCGCGAGGCGACGGGCGGUAAGCUCCGGCACGCCUGGGACUGCAUCGCGUCGGCGGACAGCGCCAGGGGCUGCGCGGCGGCCAUGGACAGCGAGCCCGGGGCGGACGGCGGCGCCAAAUACUCGGCGCUGCUGUAUGUGGACCCGGCCGUGAUCAAGGAGGCCAACCCGGCCAUGGCGCCACCCAUGAUGACGCUGGGCUACACGGCCGUCGGCGAGGCCUUCUCCAAGUGGGCCGAGUACCCGGCCAAGCCCGAGGACUUUGAGCACGCAAAGAUGUUUGUGGCCCUGACCGAUGGCCUGCUCGCCGAGGGCAAGCUCAAGACCGCAACGCCCGAGGCGGACCGCGGCGGCAGGGGGCUCGAGGGCGUGCUGGCGGGGCUGCAGGAGCUCAAGGCCGGCAAGGUCAGCGGCUACAAGCUCGUUUACCACAUGUGAUGGGGCGUGUUUUGCGCAUAGGGCGCGCAUGAAUAUAGCUCCAAGAGUUUCUUGAAUAAGGCUUCUCGAGUUUGAUGUGCGCGCGGCCUGGCGUACACGAUAAAUAGCGAAUAGCAAUAACAUUGAGAGCAGUCUUGGAGGAUCAAAGCAUGUGAACGCCCCAACCACAACAUGGGUAUAAACCGCCAUAAUCGCGUGUAUGACAAGCAGAAACGAAAAAACCCAUGGAAAUGUCUG